AUGACGAGUCCUGCCAAACCAAGCAGCAAGUCCGCGAGUGCCGGUGCGCCCCCGAUCCAGCUCAAGCUUGCCUCCAAGUCUGCCGUUGCCGCCCCCAAGCUCAACAACGAGAUGGAGAUGGGCAGCCUUGCCGCUGAUGGUCAGGGUGGUGCUGACGGUGCUGCUGCUGCCGCCGUCAGCCCGGAGAAUGAUAUCAUGCAGCUUGCGCGGAUAGGCGACAUUGCAGCCAUGGAGAAGUUGUUUGAGUCGGGCGACUUCGAUGCCACGUAUAGCGACGACGAGGGCAUCACGCCUCUUCACUGGGCGGCCAUCAACAACCAGUAUGCCAUGUGCAAGUUCCUCAUCGAACACGGCGCCGAAAUCAACCACAAGGGCGGCGAGUCUGUCGCCACGCCUCUCCAAUGGGCAGCUCAACGAUGUCAUUACUAUACCGUCAAUCUACUCCUUCAACAUGGCGCCGACCCUCUCAUCACCGACGCCCAGGGCUACAACACACUUCACAUUUCCACUUUUAACGGAAACGUCUUGUUGAUUGUGCUGCUUCUGCACCAAGGAAUCCCCGUCGACGUUCUCGAUAGCUUUGGGCACACUUCGCUCAUGUGGGCAGCCUACAAAGGCUUCCCUUCGUGCGUCGAUGUCUUCCUGCGCUGGGGUGCGAGCGUCCACGCAACCGACGAGCAAGGAUUCACGGCCCUGCAUUGGGCUCUGGUCAAGGGCAACCCGGGAUGUAUCCAGAAACUUAUCGAGUACGGAGCCGACCGGUUCGCAAAGACUGACAGCGGCAAGACGCCUGCCUUGACGGCUACCGAACUGAAUACACAACCUGCAUGGCAUCGAGCCUUGAGGGAAUGCGGUUACGACCGAGAUGGCAACCCGGUGACUCCUCCUUGGCCCGGCGCCAACUACUUUCUGAAAGACAAGAGGGCAUUCACAUCCAAGUUUCUCUUCUUUUGGCCGUGGGUCAUGAUUUGGGGUGUGUUGAUGGUCCUUUCUUAUGCGCCGGUAUUUUUGGGUGUGCCGUUGGCCGCCGGUGUUGUAUAUUGUGUGCAUUGGUGCGCUACACAAGUCUUGGAGUACGCUCCUCCUGAUAUGCGGCACUUUCACAAGACUCCCUGGAUGGCUGGCAUCUUUGCUGGUUCCCUCUUUCUUGUCGGGGUCAACUGGGUCAGCACUGUUCUGUGGAGCACCAUUCGAGGCGACAGCUCGCACAUCAUUUUGAAUCUUGUCUUUGGCGUGCUUUUCGGUUUGACGACGUUCUUCUACUCAGCGAGCAUGCGAUACGAUCCUGGAUUUGUGCCAAAAUUAAAUGGCAUUGCGGAGCAGAGAGCCGUCAUUGAUGAGCUCUUGGCUAGCUGGAAAUACGACGAGACUAAUUUCUGUGUUACUUGCAUGAUUCGUACGCCGCUUCGAAGCAAACACUGCAGACGCUGCCAGCGCUGUGUUGCAAAGCAUGAUCACCACUGCCCUUGGGUCUACAACUGUGUUGGCAUCAACAACCAUAGACACUUUUUCUUGUAUCUUGCGAAUCUUACUUUUGGUAUUCUUGCCUACGACUGGUUGGUGUAUUAUUACUUUGGUGCCGUCUCUAAGAAUGCACCCGACACGUGCAACGUGUUUGGGGCUAGCCUCUGCAGACUCAUCAAUUCAGACGCAUACACCUUGUUUCUGGCCGUCUGGGUCAGUCUUCAGCUCAUCUGGGUGACUAUGCUCGUCUUCACCCAACUCGUCCAGGUCUCCCGGGCCAUGACCACAUUCGAAAACAUGACGGGCAUUCACACCCGGGAAGCCGCCACGGCACUCACAUCAACAGGAACACCACUUGAUCCCUCCCUCGCGGCAGCUGCAGCAUCCACCUCGCCCCACGGCGGCCACGGACAUGGACACAAGACCGGCAUGCUCAAGCAAUGGAGCCGCAUUCUCGGAGUCGACCCUUUCAUCGAGACCAUUACCGGCCGUGGUGCGGCUACUGGUAACAACAGACGCAAGAAGAAGAACCCCUAUAGCCGAGGCUGCGUCUCCAACUGCAAGGACUUUUGGUGCGAUCCCGCCCCCGUCUUUGGUCAACGGGAAAACGGCACGGCCGUCCUUGGUGGUGGCAAGGUGGACUACACUGCCAUGUAUGAGAGCCCGACAUUAAUGCGUCUGACGGGUAUGAGAACACGCGGUGGAUAUGAAUCCGUAGAAACGGAGGAAGUGUAG